AUGCGGGGCUCAAGUACGGAUGAAACCCCGUACCGGCGCAGUCCCUCGCUGGAAAGCAAGCCGGGCUCACCUCCACUGCAUUACAGUGGGGAGUACGAGUACCACAGCUCACCGUUUGUCUUCGGCAUCCAUACCACACCGGGCUCAAAGAAAGAUAACACCAGUUACACCACCGCACAAGGCAGGAAAUAUGUGGUGUUUUACUUGGAUCUGUCCUUUAUCUUCCUUCUAGAGCUGUGGCGCUGCAAGAUGGCCGAGGGCUGCCUGAGGGCCCUGCGAUACGGGAUGGUCUUCUUCAACCUGCUCUUCUGGCUUGGCGGUUGUGGUAUUCUUGGAAUAGGUGUUUGGCUUGCCAUCACGCAAGGAAACUUCGCCACGCUCUCGUCCUCUCUGCCGUCGAUGUCUGCUGCAAAUCUGCUCAUCGCCCUCGGCAGCAUCGUCAUGGUGAUUGGCUGUCUGGGGUGUGUGGGCGCGGUCAAAGAGAAUCGCCCGUUACUCCUGAGUUUCUUCAUCCUGUUGCUGUUUAUUUUGUUAUUGGAGAUUCUGUUCAUCAUUCUCUUCUUCACUUAUCAAGAUAAGUGUUACUACUGUCCUCUGACAGCUUUCAACAAGACCUGUAAGCACGUUUUAUCUGAGUGUCCAGCACAGGAGCUGUGCUUCACUGCUGAUGGGCGUUUUGGACGAGCCUCCGUUCUGUUCACCAAGGGCUGCAUGACCAAGAGUAACUGCAUCAGGUCAAACAGUUCUGUCAUACGAGGGAACAACAUAACCUUCACAUACUCCUGCUGCGACCAAGAUUACUGCAACUCAAACCAGCGCUGUGCAUACAACCACAUACUCCUCACAGUGACCGCUAUCACUGGACUGCAGAUGGAAAUGAGCUAG